UUGUUGGUGCUGGCAUGAAAAUAUUAUUGUUGCUGCUGUAGGUUGCGGAGACUCAGCGGUGGGAGACGGACCGACGGGCAGACAGGGAGCGUUAAAUUCGAAGGUUUAGGAGAAAGUUUAUUCCGUUUGUUUCGAAAGCGAAUUCGUGGAAAGGGGUUAUGUCGGUAAAUAUGGAGGAACUCAGACAUCAAGUAAUGAUCAACCAGUUUGUUUUGACAGCAGGCUGCGCCGCGGAUCAGGCGAAGCAGCUUUUACAGGCGGCCCACUGGCAGUUUGAGACAGCCUUAAGCUCCUUUUUCCAGGAGGCCAACAUCCCCAGUCACCACCACCAGAUGAUGUGUGCUCCCAGAAACACUCCCGCUACACCACCAAACUUCCCCGACGCCAUCACCAUGUUCUCCAAACUUCGAGCGUCUGACUGCGGGUCCAGCGCCGGCGGCGGCUCCUCCCAGAUGUCCAUGGCCUGUUCCCCUCCAGCUGCCUCCUCCACAUCUGGCUUCAGCUCCUUCUGGGCCUCCUCACCGCCCAGCCACCAGCCGGCCUGGUUGCCGCCGUCUUCGCCCACGGGCCACCACAUGCACCACCACUACCACCAUCAUCACAUGCAACAGACUCCCAUGUGGCCGCCCGUCUCUCAGCCCAGCAGCUCCCAGCAGCCCCCCGUCGUGUCGGCGCUCCAAGGCCAAAGAUGAGGCUGAGUGGCAGGCUGUGGUGGGGCACCGAGGGAGUGGUACACGUGUAGUCAAGCAAAUCUGUUUUGGGAAUGGGUGGGCAAGGACAAAUGGAGGGAGGGAGGGGGGUUCGUGUGUGGAAUGCAUGGAAAAAGACAAAGAUGCUUUUUCCGGUCUUGAUUUUCUAAGACGAGCAGCUUAAAACACAUCAUUACGCCAUCACCCAGGCUGAGGAAGAACCUUGAGAUCACUGACAACACUGAGAUACUUAAGCUGGACUCUGAUCCCAAAACCACUUUUUUGGGGGAGAAUAGCAAAAUGUUUUUUUUUUUUUUUUGAUGCAGCCAGUCCUAAGACUCUUUAGAGCACUUCCAGGGGGUAGAAGCCACGUGACCUGUUAACGUGCUUCAUGGUUUCUGAUUUUUGUUUCUUCCAUAGGGUUUCUGAAACAAUCUGGCAGGUAGUCCACAAUAACCAGCAGAUAAACAAAGUCACUGGCUCAGAUCAUAAAUGUUGUGGGGAUGUGUAACCAUAAAGACAAGUUUCAUAUAGGGGCAGGAAACCGCUUUACACGGUAACAGCGGAGUUUUGAGUUGCAGUGCUGUGACGCGGCAGAGCUUUAUUCAGACACUCAUGCUCUGGAGGAGCCCAGUUUGUGCCUCUUCUGUGUUCUCAGUUAUGAUGACAGUCUCAGUUACAGAGCUGCACCGCCAGAUUUGUGGCGAUCUUAUAUCGAUAUGUCGCUGAUAAAAACGGAUUUAACACUGUAGUUAUAGCAUAACUAAAUACUACUAUACUAUAACUGUAUAGUAUACCAUAUCUUGUAUGGCCUAAUUCUAGACUGUAAUUAUUUCAAAAUGGAUUUUUGGCUGAUUACAAAGUCAUGUUUUUGUUUGUUGCCGUUCUGUGAUAGAAAUGCAAAACAGCAGAAGCACAAUCCCACACACUGGGAUAGGUUUGAGGAAAGGUGGACAUGUUGUUGAAGAGUGCGAUGGGAAGGCUAGGCUCGCAAUAAAUCACAGAUCCGAUUCAGAGCUGCCACGUUUUGAAAUGCAUACGUUUUCUGCCAGCCAUGACUCUCGCGAGGCUUCCAGUGACGUUGGCUCGUUGCUCACCAGGAUCCGGGAGCAGAUUCAGAGGAAAUCUGGAGUCGGUCGCCCUCAGUUUGGGCAACUCCAGCCAAAAAACAUCAUGAAUUACUUUCCUGUUUAGUUUCAUGGAAAACAGUUGUAAAUAAAACCUCAGCCAAAAAGAUUUCAUUCACGCUGAUGAACAAAAAAAAAGAGCGCACAUUUCAUCACAUCUGACUUGAGGAUAUGUUGACGCAGAAGGGCGAGAAGCUGCCCGGACCUCUGCCCUGUGUUUGUGUCUGUGGAGGGUUUAAAAGGCCGACUCAGUGAUUUUCCACACAACCUUUCAGAAGCUCAACCACGCCUACCUCUGUCAGUCUGAAUUGGGAGAGGCCCCGCAUGUGCUCUGAAUGUAUUCGCCGCUGCAGACACGGACAGGAUCCCAGGGUUUAAACAAGUAGAGACUGAACUAACGAGGGGCUAACCACACCAGAGCUGUGUGGAUCUGUCUGGAUUCAGAGUCACAAGAACCUCAGCAACCGUAUCUCAACUCACAACAUUUAAAAAUCAAUCGUGGUUGAGUCUUAAUUUUUUUUACAGUGAAUCAAAACGAGGACUGGAGAGAGAGCGGCAUAUCAGGGAGAAUGUAGGAUGCAGGGAAAAAGGAAAACUCCUUUUAUAAAAGGAUAAAAAAUGAGUUUGUUGUUCACAGCUUCACACAGACAAUCAACCAUUUCCUGUGAUUCUGUCAUUUUUCAGUUUAUUGUCCAGCAGGUUUUUCCCACCUGCUCCUUGUUUCCAGCAGGAGAGACCAGUCUUUGAAAUGUUUUUUUUCUUCCUACUUGCAUGAUAGGGUUUCGUCUGACUCAACUCAAGUGAUGUGUAACGUACAAAAGAAAUCCACCCUGAGACACUGAGACUUUACAACUCUGGCCUUUGUUUUGAAUGCAACCUUUUUUUACAUUCGUGUUUGAGCCAGAUGAAUUUCUGACCCUGCUUCAGUCUUUCAACAAGCGAUGAAGUGGUGCGACAGUUUAAUGACCACAUCUGUGUUUCUGCAGGUUCACUACUUUUGUACUUUUUGUGAAUGCAAGCAAGGCAGUGCUGUAUUUUCUAUUUAACAUUUCAUUUGUAAAUGUUUGCUGUACAAUAAUCCUAGUGUCAUAACAGUACGAGGUCCAAUGCAGUUUAAGUCUUAUCUCCAAGUCUGCAGUUAGAACUUGUUUAAUUGUUGGUUAAAGCUACAAAGAUCAAUUUAGCAGCAACUCAAGACUCAAAAUUGGGCACAAAUUGCAAUAAAUGAAAGAUCACAGCACUUUUUAUUAUUUCUAUAAAUAAUAAAUGUGACAUUGUGGCUUUGAUCACACCAUUUGAUACACAUCUUAACAGAUCCUAAUAUUUGUCUGCUACAUGAUUCUACGUUGGAAUAAACUAAAUAUCAUUGGAACCCUGAUAAUGUUCAUUCAAAAUAUUUGAUUUUCUGUUGCUGCUUUAACCGCCUUGAAGUAAUUGCAGAACUCUGACAUACAUGAAAGCAGACUCUCCUCUCACUGCGAUGGAUUGUUGUUGUUCUGUUUGUUUUCUACUCAACAGAAAUGUGCAGAUGUGUGUAACACUGCUUUUAAAUCCCCACAGCUGGAAAUGUGCUAAAUCGGUCCACUUUACAGACCUCAUGACAAACCAUCUGAGCUCUGACUCUGCUCUGUGACCUGAGGGUGGAUUCUCUUUUCCCUUUUAAAUCAAACAGUGCAGCAGAUUUUGGACAAGUUGAGACCAAUCUGCUGCUGUCUGGUUUGUUGUUAGUGAUGGGGAUUUGUCGUUGAGCGAGCCGCAGGUUUUCAGCCGACAGGGGAGCCAUUGUUUGGGCCUCCUGCAGCAUUGAUUACUGAUUUUCCAGUUCUGUUGAAAUCCAUGCAGUGUUGAAGGUGACUACGUCUACGUUUAGACUGUAAAACACGCUGAUGUAUUCCAACAGCCUGAGAGUUUAAGCUGUUGUCUGUUAACUCGUUCUUGUUCUUCCCCUUACCAAUUGGAUAAUUUUUUUUUUUUUUUGCUUACAGACCCUCAGACAUUCACUCUGUUCUAUUCCAUUACUCUUUUAUAGAGGUUUUUCUCAAGUACUUAUGUCCUUUGUUAAAAUUUAUAUUUAUAAGUUAAAUAAAACAAGUUAUGAUCUGGUAA